AUGGAGAAGAUUGAAGAUAUUGUAAAGAGAGACAGCAGUGCCUACCUUAGCAUCAAAGAUGAUGGAGCAGCAUCCAAAUGUGACCAGUCAUCCUUAAACCUGGUUCUGUUUGGGAGUAGAGAAGCUUGGAAGACCUCAGCAGCCAAGGCCAUUCUAGGUCAGACAGAUCUUCAUUCGGCCUCCAGCUCAUCAGAGUUUGUUAGAAACCAGGGAGAGGUUCGUGGACGUUGGGUUUCUGUGGUGGAGCUACCUGCAUUGUAUGGAAAAGCUCAGCAGCAAGUGAUGGAGGAAUCAUUCAGGUGUAUCUCCCUCUGUGAACCUGAGGGUGUCCACGCCUUCAUCCUGGUCCUACCUGUGGGUCCCCUCACUGAUGAAGACAAGGGAGAGUUACAGACCAUCCAGGAAACAUUCAGCUAUCUGGUCAUAAACAGCACAAUGAUUCUGUUCAUUGAAGAUUCAGAUCCUGAACAUCCAGAUGUGGUUAAAUUUUUUGAACAAGACAAGAACCUUAAUAAUCUUAUUAAAAAAUGUGGAAAAAGAUACUUUGUUGUCAAAAGCAGUGACAGAAAGAAGUUCUCUAAUAUAAUAGAUUUUGUGGAAAAGGGGAAUCUAAGGUGCUACACACCUAGUACCCUCUCAAAAGCCUACUUUGACCAAAUUCUACAACAAGGCAAAACAAUAGAUGAACUACAGAGACAACUUUCCAAUCUGUCAUCAGAGACUGGGUUCAGCGAUAAAGACAAGUGGACAAAUAAGUGCCUAAGGAUAGUUCUGAUUGGGAAGACUGGGUGUGGGAAAAGCUCUUCAGGAAAUACUAUCCUUGGUAGAGAAGAGUUUGUAGCCAAUGUAAGCCAAAUGUCAAUCACAAAGUGUUGUAAGAAAUCUCUGGGUGAGGUGAACGGCCGUCCUGUUGCCGUAGUGGACACUCCUGGUUUGUUUGAUGACAGUUUAACACAAGAAGAAGUGAAUAAAGAGUUAUUGAAAUGUAUCAGCCUUUUGGCUCCAGGUCCACAUGUAUUUCUGGUGGUGGUACCAAUUGGAGGAAGACUCACACCAGAGGAGAUGGAGACAUUACAACUUAUUAAAUUAGGUUUUGGGAAAAAUUCUGAAAAGUACACCAUCAUGCUUUUAACCAAAGGAGAUUUGCUAAAAGGUAAACAGUCCAUAGAAGAUUAUAUAGAAAAGAAUUGUGAUGACUCCUUUAAAAAGAUUUUCAGUGACUGUGGGGGAAGGUAUCAUUUGCUUGACAACAAUGACAUCCAAAACCGCAGACAGGUAAUGGAGCUGAUCAGGAAGAUUGACACCUUGGUGGAAAAAAAUGGAUGCUUCACCAAUGAGAUGCUGCAAGAGGCAGAGAUAGCCAUAGAGAAACAAAUUAAUCUAAUCCUUGUGGAGAAAGAUGAAGAAAUGCAGAAAGAAAAAAAGCUAUUGGAAGAAAGACACAAGAAGGAGAAGGAGGAGAUGGAGAGACGAAUGGAAGAAGAAAGAGCAAAUAUUGAAAAGGAGUUUAAGAAAAAAGAAGAAAAAAUUAAACAGAUUGAGAAAAAACUUCAGCAUGCUCAAGAAGAAAAAAUGAAAGAACAUCAACAUAGAAAAGAAGAAGAAGCUAAAUGGAAAUCUGAGAGAGAGGCUUUGAUAGGAAAUGUUUACCCAAAUUUUCAUGAAUUUGAAGAUUUGAAUGAAAAAGUUUCUGGUUUCCAUAACUUUGACCAAAACCAAGAAAAUGGUAAAUUCAAAAUGAUAGAGGACUUGGAGAAAGAGAUGGAAGCUUUACGCGAAAAAUGGGAAGAAGAGGACAAAAAGAGGGAAAAUGAAAAAGAAAAACUUGAACAUGAUUAUGAGAAAGUAAAAGAUGAUACAAAACAGAUGGAAGAGGAUAAAAUCAGAAAAGAAAAAGAGGUUAUGGACAUACAGAAACUGGAGGAUGCAUUUCGGCAGGAUUUAGAGAAAAUAAAAGAAAGAUAUCAGGAUGAAGCGCGACAAAAAGCUGAAGAGCUCAAUGAGUUUAAAGACAAAUAUUUGAAAGAAUUUACAGCCCAGAUGCAACAGAAGGAUGAAAAAGCACUUUACAUUAGCGCAGAGGAGAGGACAGAAGAGGAGGAUAGCCUUGGAAAAUCCAAGGACAAAGCCAACUCUCUGGAGUGCCCUGCAGUGCCCUCUGCAGCCCAGUUGUUGGGCGUGCCAACAGGCACGCCCAACAACUGGGCUGUGGACUUCUGCUGA